UUCAAACCGGAAGAGUUACGUCGAUUGCCGCUGUCUACAGUUGUGGACUACGAAUAUCUAUUUCCACCGGACCGGCCACCUUCACCGGUGCCUGCUAUCGUUCAUGAAGAAGAGGUUACUGUUAAUGCGAAUUCAGAAAACGAUGGAGCGGAACCGGAUAGCCAGUCGGAGCAGAAACCACCGGUUCUGGUACCUGCUGCCGCCAUUAAGGAAGAAAGUUCCGUGAAAGAGGAGAAAACGGAGCCACAGGUAAGCAAUUUUCGAAUUCAUUCUGGUCGAGUAAUUUCUUUUUUUUUUUUUUCUUCAAGGUGCGGUGCGGUUUUUUAUUUCAUCGUUCUCUUGCUUAACAUUUUCUGGAUUUUUCAUCCGAUUGUCACAUUUCUUGUUUCACAAAUGUGCUUGUGCCUUGGUGUUAGUUGUGACUUCUUCCUUUACUCGAGCUCAGCCUCAUAUUGGUUAUUUGGCCGAAAACAGUUAUGA